AUGCAGAGGAGGAGCGCGGGUAGCAAGCCGACGGCAACAGAGCAGCCGCGGGAGACCGAGUGGAGCAGCGAGGUGCGGACACGGGCAGAGGAGAAACCCGGCGAGGAAGGAGAGGGCGCGCUGGACGAGGGGUCACCGGACCUGGCGAUCUCCGGCGGCGGAGCAGGAACAAACGGAGGGAGGACAGAUGACCGGGCGACGGCAGGGUCGCAGGGGCACGGGGCUGAACGGCCUCGCGUGCAGCGGAGGGAGGAGGCGACGAGGGGAAGGAAUCUACCUGGUGGUGAUUUGAAUGACAUGUUCAUCUUUAAUGAGAUAAUUGGACACCUCGGCCUUUUGGAGUUGCCCAUCAAAGGCAGGUCCUACACUUGGUCCAAUAUGCAGGAUGAUCCACUUCUUGAGCAGCUUGACUGGUUCUUCACUUCUGUUGAUUGGAUCUCUGAUUAUCCCAUGACUGAGGUGUUACCUCUUGCCAGAACUACUUCUGACCAUGUGCCCUUUGUGGGAUUAGAUGUUCUCACUAAGCCUUUUGAGAAGGAGGAAAUGGACUUGAUUAUCAAGCACAUGCCAGUUGAUAAAGCUCCAGGUCCAGAUGGUUUUAAUGGUCUUUUCUUCAAAAGACGCUGGCACAUAAUUUCUCAGGAUUUCUAUGAACUGGCCCAGGCUUUCUUUCAGGGUACUGCCCAUCUGGAGAAUAUCAAUGACUCUGACAUAACUUUGGUGCCCAAGAAGCCCUCCCCUGAGGAGGUGGGUGACUACAGACCUAUAUCUUUAACAGGAAUGGGUCUUAAGUUUCUGUCUAAGAUGGCAGCCAAUAGGUUUCAAGAGCUGAUUAUGCAGUGUGUUCACAAGAACCAAUAUGGUUUCAUAAAAAGUAGAACAAUUCAGGAUUGUAUUGGGUGGACCUUUGAGUAUUUGCACCAGUGUCAUCAGUCCAAGAAACCUAUUGUGAUUCUAAAGUUGGAUUUUGAAAAGGCUUUUGACUCCCUUGAGCAUGAGGCCAUUGUGCAAAUUCUGAGACAUAAGGGCUUUAAUGAGAAGUGGAUCCUUUGGAUGAAGCAGCUUCUCUCCACAGGUACCUCCUCUGUUCUGCUUAAUGGUGUCCCUGGUAGGAAGUUCAGGUGCAAAAAGGGUGUCAGACAGGGUGAUCCAGUCUCUCCUCUCUUGUUUGUCCUAGCUGCUGAUCUUCUGCAGACUGUAAUUAAUGAUAUGUUCAGAAGGGGCAUUCUUCAGUUACCUAUUCCUUGUCAUGAUCAGGAUUACCCUGUAGUUCAGUAUGCUGAUGAUACUCUUAUUAUCUUGCCUGCUGACAAGGAUCAACUUUUAGCUCUAAAGGAUAUGCUCAGGAUCUUCUCUGAGUCCACUGGUCUGGAUGUGAACUAUCAUAAAUCCUUUAUUAUUCCCAUCAAUGUGGACACUGCUGUCAUGGCUGAAUUAGCUUCUGCUUUUGGCUGCCAGAUUGGGAAAAUGCCUUUUACCUACCUUGGGUUGCCAGUGGGAACUACAAGGCCUAAAAUGCUGGAUUUUAUGCCACUGGUUGAUUGCAUGGAGAGGAGAAUGACAGCUAGUUCAUCUUUUCUGAAUCAGGGGGAAAGGCUGCAGUUCCUUAAUUCUGCUCUGUCAUCUAUGCCCAUUUUCUUCUUGUGCAGUUUGGCUGUCCCAGCUGGAAUUCUUAAACAAUUGGAAAGAAUCCAGAGGCAAUGUCUCUGGAGGAGGAAUAGGGGUCAGCCUGCACCCUCCCUAGCUGCUUGGGACCUUAUUUGCAGGCCAAAAAACAGGGGAGGUCUUGGCAUCCUCAACCUUGGUUCCCAGAAUGUUGCACUUUUGAUCAAACAUGCCAAUAAUUUCCUUAAUAAAAAGGAUCUUCCUUGGGUUUCUUUAAUUUGGGAUACUUACUACCAUAAUAGGGUCCCUCAGGGAACUUCUGAUUGUGGCUCAUUCUGGUGGAAGGAUAUUUGCAAGGUCAUGCAUCAUUUUAGGGGGUGUGCUUGGGUUCAGAUUAAUGCAGGGAGCACUGCCCUCAUGUGGUCAGAUAACUUGCAGUUUGAUGGUCAGGUGUCUAGCCUUCAGCUCAGAUUUCCCAGGCUCUACUCCUAUGUUAAGGACCCCUGGGUUACUGGUAUGGAAUUCUUGGGCUCUCAGGACAUUUUCCAGCAUUUCCACCUUCCUUUGUCCAGCCAGGCUUUUGAUGAACUGACUAUUCUCCAGUCUAUGUUGGGUGGCCUUAUUAGAGCACUUGGGUCCAAGGAUAUCUGGUUUUGGAAGGGCACUGCCAAGGGAUACUCACCAAAGCUGUUUUACUCACAUACUUUUGUCUCUGCAUCUUUCAACCCUUUGACAGCUUGGAUCUGGAAGUCCUCUUGUACAAUGAAAAUCAAAGUUUUUGCUUGGAUGCUUAUUAUGGACAGGUUGAACACCAAGGACAUGGUGGAGAGGAGGCAUUGGCACUUGGAGGAUGGAGUGAGUUGUGUCCUUUGCCCUUUGCAGACUAGGGAAACAAGAGAUCAUUUGUUCUUCAAUUGCAACUUUAGUGUCAGAAUUUGGAACUAUCUGCAAAUUGAUUGGUCUUCUGGUGACUCGAUGGCUCAUUUGGUCCUUAAUGUUAGCAGGAGUUUUAGGAAGCCCUUCUUCACUGAAGUGGUGUUCAUUGCUUGCUGGAAUAUCUGGAUCAUCAGGAAUGCUAAGGUCUUCAGGCAUGAGAGGGCUAGAUUUAAUAAAUGGAGGUCUGCUUUUAUACAUGACAUCAGCUUAAUGCAAUAUAGAGUGAAAGCUGCUUACAAAGAUGAUCUUCCACGCUGGAUUUCAUUCCUGCCACCUUGA